UGCAGGCUAUGAAGUGACUCCAUCAGUGAUUUGCGACCUUGAAAAAAGAUUGAGAUCGGGUACCUCUUGGCGGUAACUGGAAUCUCUUCAGAUGGGUGGCCCUGUGCAGGUGUGAGUGUGUGCACGCGUGUGUGAGUGAGUGAUGGCUCUGCUGUACCGAUUCGUGAAGCUGCAAGACCGCGCUCAGUCGCACGUCUUCACGUUCGUCGUGACAAAGUCGGUGACGCGUGACCUUGAGCGUGACGUCACCAGCAAGGAGUUCUCCUGCGGUCACCAGCGAUGGGCGAUCACGUUCUCGCGCACCGACAAGGUGGUUGGAGUCUAUCUGGUAUGGAGGACCACGUCGGAAGCGAUGCGUGUCUACGUCGACUUUACGUUCACGCUCCUCAACCGCGAGCACUUCAGUGUCAACGAGGCUUUCUCUGGCAAACAGGUGAAGUUCACACUGGAGUGCCCGGCACAGGGCAACCGCAACUACAUCCCUGUGAGCGACCUGUACGGCCGCAACUUUACGGACGCCAACGGCGAGUUCCAGCUGGAGCUGAGUAUGGGUCACGUGCGAACCGUGUUCGACACGGAGUUCCGCGUGCCUCAAACACUGUUCGGCCACGCACUCACGCACCGGCACGCGCACGCCUCGUCCAAGACAAGCUCGGCAGCCGGCAGCGCCGCCAAGCUCGAGACAUCCUACUUCACGUUCGGUGGCUUCGACUGGAACCUCGCGCUCUACCCCUAUGGCACCAAGGAUUUGCACGGUGGCGGCGAAGGUCGAGUGUCGGUCUACCUGAACCGGUGUACGGGCUUCGAUCACCAGUGUCGCGUCAGGUACAGUGUUGUGCUGGGUGACGCCGACAGACGCAUAGACUCGGGCGUCGUUGAUGACGUGUCCGAUUCUGAUGGAAAGAGCUAUGGCUGGCAUCCCAGGGCCCGCUUCAACGAUCUCAUUUAUAAGGGUGUGGUGAGAGUGCACUUGGAGAUGUUGCUGGCCAACACGUUGAGCGAAGUGAUCUCGAGUUUCGUGUUCCCUGGUUGUGGGGGCAGUGGAGGUGGCGGAGGUGGGGUGGCCUCAGGGGUGGUUGCUGCACCCGCCGUCACACAGUGCUACGACCGCGACAAACAGGCGUGGAGCAUCAAGAGCGACUGCCAAUCAGAAACCGUCCGACUGCAUAUGGUUUACAAGGAUAUACAUAACGUCCCUCGCAAUCACCUCAGGUACGUGUGUUGGACAGCAUACCUGCUGCGAUUCCACGGCAAAUCAGGGCACGUAGAGCCAGUGCCCCUCCCCGGCGCCCCCUUCAGCCAUUACUACGCGCAGGAGAGCUCAGAUGAAGGCAUCAUUAUGGAGACUGAUAUUGGGGUCAAAGAGCUGAGAGAGCCGAAUUGUCCCUACCUGACAGACAAAGGCCAGCUGCGAGUGCAGGUGGAAUGGGAGGAGAGCUACUUACUGUUCCAGGCGACCUACCAUAAAUAUGAUGACGUCAGCAGAUUACACAAUCAACAGAUGAGGAGAGAGAUAAUGACACUGCAAGCGGAGAACUACAGCCUGGAGCGGCAGCUGUUCAGCUACCAGAAGAGCAUAGCGUUCGCGCACUCACGCGGCGGCGGAUACUCGGACCAGGAGGGCACGCCCGAGGGGGGCCGAGGGGACGACGAGGAGCCCCCCUACUUCGACGAGCGCGCGCUCUCCUAUUCGCGGAGUCUGUCGACAGACACCGAGUACGCCUGAGGACGGCGGACGUUGACCCACACCCAACCACCACGCACCAACAGACCACCCUCCCAGCGACGUCUGCCCCCCCGCAUCGACCCUCCACCCGCCCCCGACCACCCCGGCAGUGCGGCAGCCGCCAGACGUGGCAGCAUGUGGGAUGCCAUUGCCGGCUACGUCUGCUCGCUCGGCUCCAUUGCAGUGCAUGCCAUCAAGCCCACCCACCACAAACUCUUUGACAUCUACAAGUUCUAGAUGCUGGUUUGUCAACGAUGUGUGUGAAGCUAAGUACAGUAUUAUGCGCCACAAACACACGCUUAAGGCUCAACUCACACUUACGCGACUCAGGUCGAGAAGAGACUCGACUAGUCGAGAGCAUAUGUUUCCAAAUGGUCUCGACUCUAGUCGAGAGCAUGUGUUUCCAAAUGGUCUCGACUGAGUUGCGUAAGUGUGAGUUGAGCCUUACACAGUUUUAUCAGUGUAUGGUUAUUAUAUAUGUAAUUGAAGAGACAGUAAGAUACAUAUAUGUAAUAAUCAUAGCAGCUGAUGAAAAGCGAAAGGCAUGAAUUCGUGGUUCAUAAGUAUGUGCGCAGUUUAAGCAGAUAACCGGAGAUAAAUCAAACGUUAGCAUGCAGACGUGAGCAGUUAUUUUGAGACAGACUGACGUCUAUGUGCGUUGCAACAUUCCUGCAGCCUGGGAAGGAAUUUUUGCUCUGUUUGUCUGCAGACGUCUGUCUACUGCUGUGUUCGCCUUUAGUCUCUAAGUAGUUUAGUGUACUUCGGGCUAUGUAACUUGUACUCAGGACUUGGAUUUUACACCACUUAAGUCAACCCCACGAAAAUAGUCCCAUGGAAAUUGGAACAAAUAAGUGCAACGUUGUCAAAUAAUAUUUGUGAACGUUGUCCAAAACCGAUUAUAAAUGAGAAUCAAUAAAUAUUUUUAUAAUACACCUCACGAAUUGGCAUCCUCUAUGGGUGCGCGUGACUGAGGGGGGAAUCAUCUGUUCCAAUUUUCAUCGGACUAUUUUCGUAUGGUUGACUAUAGUGUUUGCUAGCGUGGGAAAGAAUCCAAGGUGGAAGCUAUGAAGUCCAGACGGAGAACAGCAUCAAAGAGUGUAUAGUGUUGACUUCCUUGACAAGUCUAGAAGAGCUCUGAUGCAUUGAUUAUGUUUUGAAGGGAAAAGUUGACCUAUUGAUCAUUUCACAUACAUUGGAGCCUCAAAUAAUUACAGUGAAUUUCACACUAGUUUCUGAUUGUCCAUCUACCGAAUAUCAAAUUCCUGAUAAACUCCAAGUAUCAAUUUCAAAAAUUACAAUUAUUAGAAUGGAAAGUGUCUGAAAAGUGAAGAUUUAUGAUUCACUACUUUGAGAAAUAUGAACAAUUUCCACAGACAAUUGAAUCAAGGUUUCUGUAAUUAAUCUUAAAAUACUGAAUUGAGCAGUGAAUUUCCACCACCUACUUAAAUAAACCUACUGACUUUCAUUUUGGAAAAUAUGAACAAUUUUCAUGGAUGAUUGAAUUGAGGUUUCUGUAGUUAAUCUUAUUACUGAAUCAAGCAGUAAAUUUUCAUCACCCACUGAUUUUUUGCAUCUUGUUUUUAUUUUUAUGUUUCUAGUAGUCAAAUUACUCAUCUAAUUUACUAAUUGACAUACUGUGAUUGUUUUUGAAGUGUCAGAGCUCUUCUUUCACCUCAAAUUCGAAAGAUGGGAAUUCAUUUUUGUGAUAAGACGAGCCAUACAGUCGUCAUCCCUAGACGAAACUUACAGUUGAAGCGCUAUUAUUUUAAUUUUGUAAAAUAUACUUUAGCAGAUUACAGAAGAUGUAAUUGUUGACAGAACAACAAUCAUUACUGAUUUUCUAGAAGAAUUGUGACUCCCAUUAUAGUGAUACAAAUUAUAUCAAGACAUAAUCAUCAGAAUCACCACAUCAUUCAAACUUAACUGUCCCAAACUCAGAACCAGAGUAAAUGCCCUUGUGUGCCUUGUGCCUUGUGCCAAUGUCUCUACACAUGUAGGCUACAUUACCAAGCAUCUCAGGCCUCAUGAUAUAAAAUGUACGGUACCACUGACUCUACUUAGUGGACAGUUUGAGUAUCCUAUAAUAUUGACUAUCAAUAUCGAAUAUAAAAUGUAGAAUAUUAUGUUUAUCUAAGACAUUGCCCAUUGUAUUGAUCAACAUUAAUAGAAUACAACAGCUGUAAAGAUUCAAAGAAGUUUAUUAAUUCAGAUGAAUUAAAAAAUCUGUCACUGCUGAAAACCACAAGAAAAAUCAUAAAUUUCUCAAAUAAAUGGGAAAAGUCUAGUUUUAACCGUCUGAAUAAAUUAUUGAAUCGAGUUUACUUUUGUUGAGAAAAAAUACAACAAAACCAGUAAAAGAACAUAACAUCGGAAAAUGGACCUGUGUACUUGUGGAGGUAGUCAUAUAGAUUUAUUAAAGACAGUACCUAUUACAGAAUGAUAAUUUUAAUCCGCUGGCUGUUAUAUGAAAAGGAAGAUAAUGAUUCAAGAUAUUAAAGAUAUAUCAUUUGAAGAUAAUGAUUUUGCAUUGUUGUAAGAGUUUAUGCCGGAUAAUGACUUCUGAGUUUUCAAACUCUCAAGUAAUGAAUUAAUGAAGAGAUGAUUUUAGAAAAGUUGAGGUAUUCUCACGUUGAAUCUGCCUUGCUGAUGGAACAUGAUAAUAGAGUCAUGAAAAUGUCAACAGAGACAAAGUCCAGGAAUUAGAGGCGCACUCUGCAAGAGGUUCAGAAAGUUCAAACCUCUCCCCUGCGCUCAAAUAAUUAAGCGGGUGGGGCAAAGAGCGGCUAGAAUAAAUAUUUGAACAGAGCUCAUUAUUUAGCGUAAACUCGGUCCACGUCCCUCGCAUUUUAACAUAAAUUUGAAAGAAUUAACCCGACUUUUCUCUUGACUAAUGAGCAUGACGCACUCUACCCCUGAAUAAUCAACUGUGAUUAAUAUACCUUCACUGACUUUCCAGUGGGGCCUUGAUAGCUUAUUUAAAUGAGACAACAGGGGAUCAUUUCAAUAGAAUAUUUUUAGUCAUUGUUGAUGAUUCAUGAACUGUAUUCUGAAUAUAAUAUUUUUCAUGAAAUAUAAUAGCUCAUCAGCUUCUGGAUUUAGCCCUAACCAAUAAUUGAAUUAGCCAAACUCAAUUACUCACCACAAAUUCCUGGCACUAAUUUAAUAUGUUGUUUAGAGCUUUGAAGUCCAAAAUUAAUAUUGCAGAUCUCUAUGAAAACCUUUGACAACUCCCGUUCUCAACUGAAUUUCCCAGACUAUUCUUUAUAAAAACUAAGAAUUGAACUAUAAUAUAGAAUUGAAAGAAGUAAGAAAAUAGCUCUCAUUGAAGAAUGCAUUUUUUGAGAUAGUUCUAACUCCAAUAACUCAAAGAGCCUUCUCAAAUUCAUGUGAAAUUUUACCAAAUAAUUUAUUAUUACGUUCUAUAUUGUUAAACAAUGAUGAACAUUUCUUUGAAUCAUUAUUUGGUUACCAUAGAUUAUUACCUCAGACUUUAUAAUAACCUUAUAGUUUAAAUAUCAUUUUUCAUCCCAUGAUUUCCCAAACCCUGAAGGUGUUGAUAAAUACCGUACUUCAUGAAGGUACGGUUAAAUAAUAAAACAACACAUUGUCUUUUUUUGUAAUAUUGUUCUAUCCUGGAACCAUUCUACAUUGCUGAUAAAAAUGUUGCAUUUUGUGACUUGCUGCAAACACCCUCGUUAUCAAAAUUUGAUAGAUGACACAAAAAACGGGUUGUAAAUCUGCGACUCUUGUCUUGUAAAGUGGCAGCUCUUCACGAUGUGCUCCUCUGUUACACUUCUUUUCCUCUAUUAUCAUGAAGAUAAAACCCGGAAACGAUGCAGGAAACUUGAAAGGAUCGAGAUAAAUCAAUGACCAACAAGAAAAACAAGUUUAUUUUAGGUCUGACAUGUUUAUUCAAGAAAGAGAAGGAAGAGCGGCCUGCUGUCUUCUGGGAGAUUAUCUUACAGCAUCGGUUCGUGAUGCCCAUUUUUCUCGGCUGCUUUUAUUAUUACCCUCGAGCCUCGUGUCUACGAACCCUGCUAUUUCUUACAAAUCAAACUUCCAGAGAGAAAUGCUCAUUUUUUUCUGCGAAGUGAAUUAUAGUAUAUCAUAUUCAAACAGGACAGAUAACAAGUGAACCAAAUAAAUCAGCAUGAUGAUAUAAAAUUUCCCCUUUUUUGACUUCGGAGUGUGCAGAAAUGUUUCGACGAUUAUUUAUUGAUUUACCUUGUUUGUUAUUUUUCAUGCAAGGGCUUCUUUGCAUUCCAUAUAUUUUAUUGAGAGUGAUUGAGGUGUUGGAAGUAUAAUUAUUAUAUGUAUGCUAUCACAACUAAAAAAUCUAUUGGUACAUUAGAGUAAAUAAUAGAGACUAGAAUGGAAUAAAACCAUAAUAGAUCCUUUCCCCUAAAUAUUGAAAAAUUGAAAUUUUGAUUGUAAGAUAGCUGUUGUCCGUUGAUAUAUUAGUCUUGAUCUGGUGCUCAUGCUGUUCAGAGUUCGUUUCUGGAUGAUAGUCUUUAUAACAUUCAUGAAUUUGCCCUUGAUUUGAUGCUGCACAUAUUUUAGUUAUUUCUCAUCAACUAAUUAGAUCACAAAUCAAAAGCCAUUUUUCAUGAUGUUGAAUCUAUCUUCCGAAUUUACACUUCUUGUAGUAUGAGAUAUUAUUUAAAUUUUAAAUUUGUUCAUGAAUUAUCUAAAAAAUGUGAAAUCUCCUCAAAUUUACUAGUUAAAUUACCAUUUCUGAUUGAAUUUGAUUAUUGACUUAUCGCUUCAGGAAUUGUCUAGUGAAAUACAUCAUUUCUCUUCUGUGUCUAAAUAAAUAAUUAUAUUAGAGUAGGGGUUUGAUUGUUAGAGUAGACCCUUUUAUAUGUUAAAUUAAUGUCAGAAAAUAAUUUGGAUGUGAUUAUCACAGAAUAAAAGGGGAACAUACUACGCUCACUUUGUAAUAAUUAGAUUAAGUUUAAGGAUGAAUGAAUUUGAUAAUAGAAUUGUGAAAGAUUAAAACCUAAAAUGCCUAAUCAUAUUUCGUUUUUAAAAAUAAAGUUCUCCGACUCACGCUCUUAGUUUAAAUUUCUUCAAUUAGCAUAAGAUUCUAGAAAUACCUUCUCGAUAAAUGAAAACUAACUUUUAGAAUAUUAUCUUGAAUAAAGGAAUUUAUGUGAAUUAUAAUAAAGCUUUUCAUGUGGACCUAAACAAAUUUCAUCAACAAGUUUGUACAUUCUUCAUCAAAUUAAACUAAUACUUGAUUAUUUUAUAAACAGUAGGUAGUUUCUCAUUUGUUGAGAUGUAGAGUUUUCCUUUUACUUCUCAAAGUGUUUCCCACUCCCUUAAUCACAAAAACCCCACGUGAGAACUCGUUUUAGAUGCACAUUCUCUACUAUCAUUGUGUUGCAAACUGUUGAAAUAAUUUCUAUCCCAUUCAUAAAAUGCAGGGUGAUUCUGAGUUUAAGGAAUAUUUUAUUUCAUUAGAUCCAUUCAAUAAUCACAACGUGAUUUUGUUGUGAGUUGUAAAGUUUGGAAUUUCAAUAGGUUCUACUGAAAAUUAUAGAUUAUUAUGAUAUAUAACGGAAGCUACAAAUAAUUUUUUUUUAAUUCCCCUCUAUUAUCUUUUAUCUAUCUUGUAUAAUUUGAUAAAUACAUUAGCAUACUGAAAAGACUCUCUCAGUUCAUAGCUCUCCCACUAAUACGGUACGUGGAGAACGUUUCUGGAAUUCACUCUUAAUCCUCAACUCAUUUUCCAAUCCUUUUCUCUUCCACACCAGUAAAAAUGAAGUUAGAAGCUGCUUUUGAAUAAUACCUUCAUUCUUUUUUCACCUCAUCUUUUUCGUCUUCCCGUACUCAACAUUUUAUUAUCAGCUUGCUUUCUAAUGAGAAAGCUUAAUGUUUGCACCAUUAAUUACGACUAAAUUCUGUCACACAGUUGCUUUAAAUAUAAUUCGCCCGUGAAGACUGAGUGAAUUUUAAGAGCGGGUUAAAUGUGUGCACAUUUGCUAGCUUCCAGUGGAAGAGCAACCUUGUUUCGGUUGAUCCCGGUCCCUUAUUAUUUAUCCCUGGAGAUAAUCUGUCAAAAUGUUUACGGUGAGAUUAGACCGAGACAGUAGCACUGGAGAGAAACAGCAAUAAUCGUCAUUGGAUAACCCUCGUUACAACAACAGCUCUAGCAUUAAGAUCUCAUUGUUCGAAAAUAGGAUUUAGGGCCUUGAACAAAGGCAGACACCGACCGGUGUGUCUUGGCGUCAUUAUACCACAUCCUGUUGCCAUGGUUACCGACCAUGUUCCACUAAUUCCUUUUGUAUCCAACCUUAAUGUUCAGAAAUUCUAUCCCAUGCUACUAACCCUGACGUAACUCAACUUGGUAGAUCACUCUUCUUCAUUACUUGACAAUUUACAGCCGGGAAGCGCGACGGAUUUAUGAUGUAUGAUUUACUUCUCACAUGCCGUACAUCAUAAUAUCAUGUCAGCGAUAGCUUUUAAGUCAAUACCGGUAACUAUCAUUCUUCUUCACUAUCUAAAAAAGAAAAUAAAAAUAUAACACAUACCUUAUUCACCGUUAAUAAAUCUAUUAGCAGCACUUAAAUUGAUGAAUUAAUCAAGCAUAUUUUUGCAUCGCUUUCUCUAAUGCUCAGUUCUGAAGUUGUUUGACUCAAAUAUUGCCCACAUUUUGCAAAUUUUAACUCUAAUAUCUCAUGUACAGAUUAUAUUUAUGUCAAGUAAAGUAGAUUUUUUUUAAGUAUAGUGAUGUAUGACAAUCGGUCCAUCCAUAGGCGACCGCACACAACAACAGUCAGAUGUAUGCUGACAGAUGGACAUUGUCUACUCGUGUACUCGUGUGGAAGGGAUAUAUAUUGCUCAAUAUAAAUUAAUAUUGGAGUAGUCCCGAGAAACAAAUUAUUAAUCUAAGAAAGUUGCAACAUUCGAAUACAACAUAUAUAUGGGGAGGGAUAUCUCCUCCGUCUGUCUACAUACGUCCGUCUGUUGUGUGCGUUUGCUCUCAGUGUCACAAUCGUCACACACCCGUUGAAUGAACAUGAACAUAUAUACCUUGCUUUCAUACUUUUAUAAUGUGUUAUUUGUUACAUUCAUCCAAUAGAGAAAAAUCAAUCUUUAAAACCACAAAUUACAAUCUCACUCAUUAUUUAUUGACUCAAUUGGACAUCAUCCAAUAGAGAAAAAUUAAUCUUUAAAACGACAAAUUACAAUCUCACUCAUUAUUUAUUAAAAUAAUCACAAACCACUAAGUUAUCAUAAUUUUUAAAUCUUUAAAUGAGUAGGCAUUGUAUGAAAACAAAUCGAACUGUACUCAACCGUUUAAGUUAUAUAUAUAUUUGAUUUAUAUCAAAUAUAAAUGGAUAUUAGUGAGUAGGUAUGGAAAAUCAGUAAAAAGAAGAAUACAGAAUUUAGAAAAGUAAAAUUCAAACAAACUUCAAAGUAAUGCAUUAUUUUGAUACUAUAUUCAAUAUUUGGCUCGUCUUGUUAUAG